AUGAGUUUUUACAAUCCAUUCAGUCAGUCCUUUAGUUAUUUAGAGCUUCUCAACAGUCAAGGAGAGUCACUUAACCAAGAAAACUCUCCUUAUGAGAGUUUUCCACCACCUGACCACAAUGGUGCUUAUGAAAUACCUCCUUGGAGCUCUCAAGAGUCCCAGGAUGUACCUCUUUCUCAAGAGACACCUGUCAGGAAGGAUAGGAAGAAACGAAAUCCGGCUGACGAUGAAAUUCUUAUCAGUGCGUGGCUGAACACUUCAAAGGACCUGAUUAUUGCAAAUCAACAAAAAGGAGGAAGCUUUUGGCAAAGGGUUAACAAAUACUAUGUAGAGACUCCUCAUGCUAUAGCCAAUGGUGAACAGGGGAAGAACAUAAACUGUAAGCAGAGGUGGUUCAAGAUCAAUGAGUUCACUAACAAGUUCUACGGGGCUUAUGCAGCUGCAGAGAGAAUAAACAGUAGUGGACACUCUGAGAACGAUGUGCUGAAGGUGGCUCACAUCUACUUCUCUGACUAUAAGACGAAGUUUACAAUGGAGCAUUUCAAAACAAAGAGGAAACCAGUUGCUGCAGCUUCACAAUCCGAGGCAGCUUCACAAUCCGCGGCAGCUUCACAAUCCAAGUCAACCCACACUGAGCAAGACUUUGAGAAAAGGCCUCAAGGUAUCAAGGCUGCAAAGGCCAGGAGGAACAAUGCUCAGGGGAAGACUAUUGCUGAGUACAAGAGCAUGUGGGAAGUAAAGAAGGUGGAUAUGGCUGAAAAGGAGAAGCUACAGAAGCUUGGCAUACUAGACACACUUCUUGCCAAAUCAGAGCCACUUAGUGAAGCUGAUCAAGUUAUCAAGGAUAAGAUAGUGGCUCAAUAUUUCUGA